AGAUGUGCUUCCAUUUCUAUUGUCUUUAAUUUACUGCAGCAUAAAUUUAAAAAGGGUAUGUCUGGAAUGAGGUCAUCUUAAUUCCUUACAAAGCAAAACAUUCUUUUCCAAGAUGAAAACUGAACCAAGUUCUUGAAAUAUGAUGUAUAUUGCAAAUCCUGUUUCAUUUAAUAUAAUAUAUGCAUUUCUUGGGGACUGUUCUUACACAGAUUUUUUUGUUUCUUGUUGUUUUAUAUCGUGGUUUAGACCAAGAUUUAGGAACGUGCUUAAAAACUUUCAGUUGUCUGUGGGAAAAAUAGUCUUAAUUUAUGUUGACCUUUCUUUCCUUGGAGCAUUUAGCCUGCAUUCAAUAAAAUUUUGAUGACUGCUCUUUAGCAGACAGCUGUACCAUAUAAAGUAUUAUAAAUAUUCAGCUUUCCCCUUCCAGUGUUGCCAUUAACAGCUGGGCAUCCAGUUCAGCAGAGCAGAUUUUGCAGAGAGAGCUUGGCAUGUUCCUGAAUCAGGAGAAGGAAGAAGGGAAGCAAAUAGUUUCUUAUGGUUUGGGGACCUGUAAAGACAUAGAGCAUCUGUUCCCCUGUUAAGUCAUAGUCUGGCAGCACUGAAUCAUGUUAAGAGCUAAAAUGAUGGGAAAAACUACUUUUUUCUCCUUGGCUGUACCUGUGUUUUAAAUGGCUUUGUGCAUUAUUGCAACUAAUGGCAAAAUCCUUUCAACCCUUGCUCACAAGAGUUAAGCGAGCAUUAAAGUUGGACACUGUCAAAAAAGAUAAUCCAUCUGAUGCAACGCCUCAGAAGGUCCAAAAGAAAAAUCUGAAUUCUUACUCCCCAACAACAGGAACAUGUGAGAUGAGUCCCUGUUCAUCCCCUGUGAGCCACAAUGAACAAAAUCCCAGGAACCCCCCAGCAAAAGGAGGUGGGAGAGAGCAGAGCAAUUCCGACCCUGGAUUAUCCAGGAGAGGGCAGCCUCCAACAGAGCAGGAUGGGUUCCUGAAACUGCAGUCCCAAGUGAGAAGUUCAUUGGGCAGAAUUCUGAAAAUAAGAGCAAAUCUCACAAGCCUCCAGGCUUUGGAGGGCAGCAGAGAGCUGGAAAAUAUCCUCGGUGUCUCAGACUCCUCUCGUGCCCUGAGUGCUGAAGUGCAGAAAACCCAAACACUGCUGAGUCAAGCAGAAGAGCUGCAGCUGUUGAAAGCAAACCAUGGAAAACUCCCUGCCCCAGGGUACUUCCAGACUGUUGGGAGCACUGAGUUCUUGAACUCACUCCUGGAACAAAGCAAGGAGCCACUGGGCCUGCUCCCUGCCUUCCCCAGCACCCAGGCACUGGCACAGAGACCAGGAAUGUGACCAGGACACAGGCAUUAUGUGAAAAAUGCAUUCCACAUCAUCCCAAACUUCUACAUCUGCUGGACUGGACUUAAAAGGAGCGAAGAACUGAGUGUAAACCAAUCUCCCCCCAAUCCCGGUGUGGGAGCAUCGCUGGCCAGGCAGGUGCAGUCCCAUAACAUUCCUGGCGUCCAUUUAAACUGAACAACAUGCACAACCACAUCAUCCCAGUGGAAAUAAUCCACCAUGCUGGGAGCUGGGGCUGCUGCUGCUGCCUGGGAAAUAAACUGUAGGUUCUGCAGGUUCUUUUCUAACACGAGUUGGGCUCUAAAGCCGGAGGAAGCUUUGCAGUGCAAGGAAUUAUUCUGUGGUUCAGCUGUUGAGAAACGCUUUCCCUGUUGGUGCUGCCACACUUGGGGACGCUUGUCAUCCACAACCAGGUUUCCUCUAAACUCAACCCAAGCCAAGGCCUCAGCUGCAAACCCAGCAUUAACACACAUGCUCUGGGAACAUUUGCUUUUUAGGUCAACAUUUCAGUUUAGUUUUGGUAUUUAAUGAUGUAAGAGCAGAGUUGUUUUAUAUAAACAAGUUGCUUCUCUUUUUCCACCCCUCCAGCCUAGGGAAUCCCCCACAUCCCAAAUCCUUGCAUUAGGUUGGAAGAGUGCAGUACAAUGAUCUAUACUUUCUUAAGUUCAACAUAAACACCCACUUGAAUGUCCUUUCUACUCCUGCAAAGUCCAGCUCCUCAAAUAAACGGAUUUUUACGACUAAAACUCAGAGCACUAAAAUGAUGAAUGUGUUCCACAUGCUCAAGCUUUUAGUUAAUAAAAAUAUUUUUGCACCUCACUACCUGUGCAGUCCAACUGGGAAAAGUGUUAGUAACUGGUGGAAGGGAACUGGGACAGUUUUUCUCCCUUCCACACCAGUCUCUGUCAGGCUCUCAGAGCUGUGGGUUGUUGUUCUGUGUGUAAGGGGCACCAGCCCGUUGCUCUGUAGGAGGGGAGGAUACUGAACCAGCGAGAGUUUAUGUAACCUGACUGUAACCUCUGGAGCUGGAAAUUAAAUAAUUAUUGAUCUGAGAAGAGCCUG